UUAUAUUUUUUCAUCUAGAAAUCUAGAUCUAUAUAAUUCAUGAUUUUGAUUUGUUUACAGUUUAGAAACGUAGAUUUUUAUUCGAUCUGUCUAUAAAUUAAUUCUGUGAAUGUCUUCAAAUGCAAAAUCUAAGAUGCCGGCUCCAGCUGAAACAUUGGACAUUCUUAUGGAAAUCUCUCGCAUGUUGAACACUGGCUUGGAUGAAGAAACUUUGGUAGUCUGUCUUCGCCUAUGUGAAAAUGGCAUCAACCCAGAAGCUCUGUCUGAAGUCAUCAGAGAAUUGAGGAGAGAAUCAGCAAGUAUUAUAGCUAUAGAAUCAGGGGACACAACAUCAGCUAACUAUACAGGAAGGAGCUGAUACCAUUGCCCAAUACAAGAUGAGCAGAAGUUACAGGUCUUUUUUUUUUUUUUUUUUUGGUUUCUUUUGGGAAACCAAUUGUAUAUUGUGUAUAAAUGUAUAAAAUUGUACAAUGUCAUUACAGAGCAAAAUGAAUAUAUUGAGAAAUUGUUGUUUAUUUGUAGGUUGAUAAUUAAAUAAUUAAUUAUGUGAGAAAUGGCAUUAGCAUUCAGACACCAGCUUUGAUAAUACCAAUUCUGAGACAGGAAAACAAAGUAAAGAAAUAUUCAAUGUCAUUGUUAUUUUUAUUUUUGUAUAUGUUUAUUGAAAUAAGAAAAUCUAUAAAGUUAACAGAUAAGUAUAUUUUGUUGUGAUAUAAAAUAAUAUUCUAAAAAGAAAAAAAAUAUGUCCAAAUAAUGUUUUUUUCCCAGUAAUAGUCUCAAUAGACCAACUUGUUCAGGCUAAAAAAUUUUUUAGACUUUUCAGUUGUUGAUUGCUAUUUACGUUUGAAAAUUCAUCGCUCCCUAAACAAAUUUGAUAUUAAAUAUUGAACAUUGUGUAUUUAUA